AUGAACAGCUACAUCACUAUCUUAUUGAUAAUCAGCGGAUGCUUCGCAUACUCCGCGGCGCAGUUUGGCCACUUCGGGGGCGGCUUCUCAGAUGGUUACUUUGGCACAAGCUUUGGGGUCCCCAGCUAUAGCAGCUUGUCGGCUGCCGCUGCCAGAGACCCAAGAGCGAACAGAGGGCCGGUGCUAUUCCCUCCAUCACCUGCAACUGGUCCGCUGCAGACCAGUGGUGUAGUUGCUGGGGCUUCCGGGUAUGGAUUUGUGCCGCCCGGCUCCCAAGGUCCAGCGCUACCGAGAUAUUACUAUCGAGGAUUUUUCUUAAGA